AUGGCGACGAAGGAAUUGUGGGCCGGGAUUGGAUCAGCCCUGGCGUUUUUAUUUACCCUCAUCACCAUGGCAAUGAACCAAUCCCGGAUCAAAGUGUUGAUCAACAAGAUCAGCGCAUACCUCAACCCAUACAAACAAAUCACCAUCCCAGAGUACGGCGCCGAGCGUUUCCAACGCAGCGACUUGUUCGUCGUGGUCGAGGCCUACCUCUCGGACUUGUGCCGUGAACUUGGGGCGCGCAAGCUCAAGGCCGAGCUGGAGAGCCACAUGCAAAAGCCCCAGGUGUCGGUUGACGACAACCAGGAGAUCAUUGAAACCUUCCGUGGUGCCAGGCUCUGGUGGUACGCCGACACAGAGUCCCCGAAGUCCAACAUCAUCUGCUCGCGGCCUGGUGACGAGAAGCGCCGCUUCUACCGGGUUGCCUUCCAUAAAAGGUUCCACGACCUCAUCCUGGACAGCUACCUGCCCCAUCUCAUCGACCAGGGACGUGACGCCAUCGCCCGGAACCGCCAGCGCCGCCUCUUCACCAACAACCCAAGCAGCAGCUGGAGCUCCUACGGCGGCGGACACAAGACGAUCUGGAGCCACGUGGAGUUCCGGCACCCGGCGAAGUUUGACAUGCUCGCUAUGGAGCCUGCCAAAAAGGAGGAGAUCAAGGAUGAUCUCAACGCCUUCAAGGUUGGAAAGAGCUACUACGACAAGGUCGGCAAGGCAUGGAAGCGUGGAUACCUGCUGUUUGGGCCGCCAGGCACCGGGAAGUCCAUGAUGAUCGCCGCCAUGGCCAACCACCUGAACUACGAUAUCUACGACUUGGAGCUCACGGCGGUGAAGAACAACACGGAGCUGCGGAAGCUCCUCAUCGAGACCAAGGGAAAAUCCAUCAUCGUCAUCGAGGACAUUGACUGCUCGGUCGACCUCAUCAACAAGCGCAGGGACAUGAAGGCCGACAAGAAGUCCGACGACCAGAGCGACGUGAAGACCAUGCUACAGAAGAAGGAGGAUGAGAAGGACGACGAAGACAGCAAGCUGACCCUUUCUGGGGUGCUCAACUUCAUCGACGGGCUAUGGUCGGCGUGCUGCCAAGAAGAGCGCAUCUUCGUCUUCACCACCAACUACAAGGACAAGCUGGACCCAGCGCUGAUCCGGCGAGGCAGGAUGGACAUGCACAUCGAGAUGUCCUACUGUCGCUACGAGGCGUUCAAGGUGCUGGCCCAUAACUACCUGGACAUCGACGAGCGCCAGUUUUUCGAGCUCUUCGGUGAGAUACACCGGCUGCUGGAACAGGUUGACAUGUCUCCUGCGGACGUUGCCGAGCACCUGAUAAGGAAGGAGAAGAAGGAUGCCGGCGCAUGCUUGGAGAGUCUCGUCAGAGAUCUGAAAAAGUUAAAUGCCCAGAAGAACCCGGCAGCCGAUUGUCCUCCACAGGAUCCAGUUCUGACGGUGACGCCGGAUUUAAACCCGACAGUGAUCAAUAUAUUUGAGGAAGCAAGGGACAGUACAUUGGAGUCAUAA